AGAUAGAUAGAUAGAUAGAUAGAUAGAUAGAUAGAUAGAUAGAUAGAUAGAUAGAUAGAUAGAUAGAUAGAUAGAUAGAUUAAAUUUGUAUUCAUAUAGGUGCAUGAGACUUUGAGAAGGAGAGGCACUUCAUUUGUCUUUUUGAGCCACACACUCUUUUCACACACAUACAGAUGCAUUUACAAACAGCAACACAGUGAUUUGUGCUGUGCGGAGGGAAGAAAUCUCCUCCCCUGUGACUCCAUGGUAAAAGGUGGGAGUUAAGGAUCAGCAGGCGUAGACAGACUCUUCCUGCUUCUGUUGUCACACACCAAGAGAAGCACAUGUGUUUGGGAGCAGAGAAACAACAGAGCGAAACAUCAUGAAGUCUCAGCAGAAGUGCAUUGUCAUCUUUGCCUUAGUGUGCUGCUUCGCUGUGCUUUUGGCGUUGAUUUUCUCGGCAGUGGAUUUUUGGGGAGAAGAUGAAGAAACAGAGGACGAGUGUUCCAGUAACUGCAGUAUUGUGCUUGUGGAGAACAUUCCUGCGGACAUGUUGUUCUCAGACAACAGCACCUUCCACCUACCUCUUUCAACAGGACUGAUCAGCUUACUGAACAAAUCGCAGGGGGUUGUAGAGAUUGUUUCCCCACUGUGGUUCCUUAGUCCCUCUGACUAUGAAUCCAGCUUCUACCCGGCUGCUGAACAGGCCAAGACUUUGCUAUCCAAGCUGCAGGAGCUGAAAAACAGAAAAAUCAAGCUGAAGAUCUCCACAGGAGAAUUCAACUCAGCAGAGCUGAAGGCACUUGCAGACAGUCAAGUUGCUGAGGUUCACGAGGUGAACAUGACACUCCUCACCAAAGGCUACCUCCACUCAUCUUUCUGGGUAGUCGAUCGGAAACAUUUCUACAUCGGCAGUGCCAGCAUGGACUGGAGAUCUCUGACCAGCAGGAAGGAGCUUGGUGUGGUGGUGUAUGAUUGCAAACCUCUGGCCUUGGACCUGCACAGGGUUUUUAGCCUCUAUUGGGGGCUUAAACAUAAAACCUUCGUCCCCACCUUUUGGUCCAAGCGUCUGUUUCCCUUCUUUAACAGAGACAAACCUGGAAGUCUCUCAGUUAACAGCACAAAAGUUGAAACCUACAUUUCUAGCUCACCAAAAGCUUUCAUCCCCAAAGGUCGCAGCAGUGAUCUAGAAGCAAUCUCCAGGGUCAUCGAGCAAGCCCGCCAUUUCAUAUACAUCUCCAUUAUUGAUUACCUCCCCCUCUGCAGUAUGCAAAGAUACUGGUCUGAUAUUGAAAACCUUUUAAGAGAGGCACUGAUCUUGAGAAAGGUCCGCAUCCGUCUGCUGAUAAGUUGCUGGGAAGAAACUCAUCCUCUUACUUUUAACUUCAUCUGGUCCCUGAAGAGCCUGUGCAUGGAGCAGGCCAACUGUUCACUAGAGGCUAAGUUCUUCAACCUACAGAGGGACGGCAGCCUCAGUGGAAUGAAUCACAACAGGUUUAUGGUUACAGACAGAGCCAUUUAUAUAGGCAACCUUGACUGGGUGGGGGAAGAGUUCACCUCUAAUGCAGGAGCAGGCCUUGUUAUCAGUCAUCCAGCAAAUGUGACAGAGAGGAACUUCACAGUGGUGGAGCAGUUACAGGCUGUUUUUGAGCGGGACUGGUUUUCACGUUACGCCAACACACUACAGACUAAUAAAAUCCCUGUUUGUGGCAAGCAACAAAUCAACAAGUCAGUGCUUUUUAAAGCCAGCCACCAAAACUAUGGACCUUUGCCUAGAAGAACAGGCCAGUAUGACAAUAGACCUACACCACUGAGAAACCAUAUCAAAGCUGAUAGACCUACACCGGACAAAAUAACACACCAUGAAGAUAGGCUGAGAAAAAUGAGCUCACAAAGCCUGGCUAAUGAACAGGUGCCAGUUGUGAACAAUCCCGAAGAGAGUGCUGGAAUUAAAAUAAAUGACCUCGAUGAUGAACAGGCACAAACAAAAAAUUGGAAGCAUAGCAUUUCAGAGGAUCCACCUAGUCGGUGGGCUGAAAGCAGCGGCUUCAGAGAGAUGUCCAACGGAUCUCUGUGAUGUGUCAAGGGUCAAUGUGAUUUUGAGAAUGAACUUUUGUAGCAUUUUAAUAUUGUGGUUUUGUAGUAAACAAAAACCUAGAAGAUUUAAGUAUUGUCUGGUUUGCAAAUAUUCAAACGAGGAAACACUCGGAGGAGAAUGAAACCUUCCACCGCAGUGUGGCACUUUCUAUGGAUCAUGUAUGAAGGAAAGCAAAACAGUAUAGGUUAGAUAUAACAAUGACUGUUGUGCAAACAAAAACUUACUUACCUGCUACAUAUUUAACCAACUCUCAGUCAAAGGAUGUAUGUGAGUUUAAACUGAUUAUUGUAUGUAAUGUAUGUAAUGUAAGAUGUUUUUGGCAGUCAUACCUUAUCGCCCUUUUAAAUGGGGAAAAAGAACUGCAUGCUUAUGCAGAGACAGGAAGACGUGUAGAAUGUGCAGCUAUAGAAGCUACAUCUUUUUGGUAGCACUCCAAAAUAGUUGAAACUUUAUAACAAUUGCCUUUUUGUGAAAAAAGAUGUAAAUAGUUUGUUAACCACUCGUAAUACUUUUGGAAAGAAAACAUUUAUAUCUAAAAACUCCAAAUUCAGUUACAUUCAUGGCAAAAAGACACUAAUGCGGCUCUGUCUGGACAAUGCCUUUAGUCCUCUUAAUGGAAACAACUCCAGAAACCGAUUUUGAAUCGUGACCCAUAGCAUAGGAAGUUCAGCUCUAAAGGCUCUUAUCUAAUCAAUAUUCAUCAUGGUUUAUACACUUGCAAGAUACUGGAAACCAUGGAGUUUCCCACAUAAGAUUGUAUGCAUGAAAGUAAAUUAUUUUAUUAAUACUGAAAGAGAUUUAAGUAAUGUAAAUGUACAUUUGCACACAAUUUUCCUGUUGCAUUGCUACUACUGAAAAACUUUCACUACUUUUUCUUAGAGGGAGAUACUGUCUAGUAUUUUGUUUGUUGUGGACGAUGGGCUUUUACUCUGAGGGCUCUUCACAAAAAAAAAAAGACUUUCUUUUUAUUCCCUAAAUUCCAACAAAGCAGGAAGAACUCGGUUCAAAUGUGUCCACUCUUUCAAAGUAAAACAAUGUAACUAUCCAAACAGAGGUUACACACAGAAAAAAAAUAAAUAGGGGGGGGGGGGGGCAAUGCACUUGGAUCUCUGCUGUAAACCAAAUCAAUGCAAUGAAUUUUUAACAAAGCUGCCAGCUGAAGUACCUGCUGUACAUCUUCAAGGACAUUGUGGGCUGUAACGUCAUCCGUAACGUAACCUGCAUUCCCUUUAACGUAGGCAGAUUUCAACAUAUGAUAUAGAUUGCCAGGAAAGAAAUAUUACUUAGCACUUGUCACUGAAAGCUUUUAGCAGUUUUCAUUUUGCAUUUCAAAUGUUAGCAUGUAGAAUGUGUUUACACAAACCUAAUAUUUAAGGGUUUUUCUUACUCUAAAGGCCAUUAUUCAAGCAAACAGGACAACACUAUCAGUUAAAACUAUAGUUAGAUGUUUAGGGAUGUUGUCUUGAUCACUGCUAGAAGUAACACAUCUAUGAUAAAGGUUUGUCAUUUAGCACGAUGAAAAAUACCAGUAAGAAUGAAGCUCAAAAGCACAAAAGCAAGGAAAAUUUAUGUAAAUUAAAAUCAGAGUGGUCCAUAGACAGGUAUCUGCAAUGCCUUACAAAGGUAAUUACACUCCUUUGAACUUUGUCACAUUUGGUUACAUUAAAAUCACAAACUUAAUUUUUACCAGCUUUGAUCUGUUUUAUCGUGUAUUUUACCAGCUUUGGACAUCUGAAACUUUUGCCCAUUCUUUGCAAAAUAGCUCAAGCUCAGUCAGAUUGGAUGGAGACUGCCUUUAAACAGCAAUUUCCCCAGAUUCUCAACUGGAUUUAGGUCUGGACUUUGACUGAGCCAUUUUAACACAUGUAUGUGAUCUAAAACUCUAGCUGUAUGUUUAGUGUCUUUCUCCUGCUGGAAAGUGAACCUCCACCCCAGCCUCAGGUCUCUUGCAGCCUCUAACAGGUUUCCAUUCACAACUGAAGAAAAGCAUCCCUACAGCGUAAUGCUGCCACCCCCAUGUGUUACCUUGGUGAUAAGCAUUAAGGGCUCAUUUUAGCUUUGAUUUUGCCAUUAUUCCAUUAAAGCUAUGCUUGUAGUGUGAACGAUUAAUAACUGUUUUGUCAACCGAUCUCUGCAGUUCUUCUGAAGUUACUAUGGCCUCUUUGACUGCUUCUCUAUAUGUACAUGGUGAUGUGCAGCGAUAGUUUUCUGCCACAUAGCGUUUUGCUUGUAGGCCAAAGAGAGUCAGAGCACCUUCUUUGACAUGUUUGUUGUGUCCUCUACAUUGCUUGUAACAACCUGGACUUCUUCUCUAAGGCCUUCAUAUAGCUUCUGCAAUUCUGUGAUUACAUAAGCAAGCCACACUUUCUUAACUUCACCCCACUAUGACAGAUGCAAGACAUUGAACUCCAAGUUGCAUACUGAUCUCUGAAUUGGUGUGUGAGUCCGACUUGAGGUGUAAAACUGCUUUUAGCGGUUAGUAUGGCAAGGAAAGUGCUUCAUAAGUUUAGCCUAUUUCAGAGUUUUAAUUGAAACCCAUUUUUAAAACUUUGCACAACUUUGUGUUGCUCUGUCACAUAAACCCCCAAUAAAAUACAUUGAAGUCUGUGAUUGAAACAUGACAACAUGUGCAAAAGUCCAAGGGAUAUCAGUACUUUUGUAAGGCGCUGUAUAAAGCAUAUAUCUGGUUCAAUUGUGCUUCAACACUUUGCAAUCAAAAUCUUUUUUGUUUGCUUUUAUUUUUCUUUUGCCUAAAGAUUUUAGGAACAAACUGUUUUUUAAUCAAACAGGUAAUCAGCAGCUCAACCAAUCAUGCAAUAAUAUAAGUUUUUAAGGAAAAAAGCAAGGGAACAUUUUGUAACCUCUAUCCUACACUGACAGACACAUUUUAUGCCAAAUCACAGAUCUCAGUGGGAGAUCAAACCAUCAUGUGCCAAAACAAAUCUGCUUGACAUGAAUAUUUUCUGCCAUCUAGUGGAUAUUAUGAGGAAAAAAUGUCAACUUUGUGUCAAUACGACAAACUGCUUCAAUCAAGUAUAUGUUUCAUAUUGUUUCACAUUGUUCACAACAGCUGUUUUAUAAGUCACUAAAAUCCCUUUAAUAACUAGUAGUGACAGUGGUCUCCGGUUCAUUACAGGGCUAAUAUAUGUCACUUGACGUAAAAUAUACAUACUAUAAUGCCAUGCACAUAUUUCAGCAAACGUUUAGACUCUCGGUGUUUCAACACCUGUUAUUUCAUGUUUUUAGAUUCUACCAGAUGUAAAUAAAACGUCACUUAAAACCACUGAUGUGCUUAGUUCUCACAUGUACAUGUGCUUUUUGUUUUGUCUAAUGCACUCUGCCACCAUAGUCAUUUUGGAUGUAUCUGGAAUGCAAUUAUCAACGGACUGUGACGUGUUGGAAAAAAAUGCUGCUAAUAUACUCUGCCAAUGUCAUUGUGUGAAAUAAUACCUGCCUGUAUGUUUCCCUCUUAGAGGGGACUAUAUGCAUGACACUGGAGCUUGUUUUAACUGAGCAAAACUGACAUCCAACUUGUCAUAUGUCAAGGUCUGAAACCAGAAAUCUUUUGUCAAAUGCCUUCAUGACAAAUCCAAGCAAAAUCAAGAAAAGGCCUGUUUCUGCCUCACCUGCUGGGAAUUGUUUUGACUGAUGAAAUCUGGGGAAACUUCGGUGAAACCUCUUGGAUUUCAGCUGUUUUUAUGAUGUCAGACGGUACAAAGGUGUUUGAGGAGCUGCAGAUUUCAGAAACAUGCAGAAACAACUUGUUCAAUUUACAGCUAAAACCUUUCAAAGUUGACUACAUUUAUUUCAUGGAUGUUCCAGCAUGACUAUUUGCAUGCACUGCCUUUAUGAACUUUGCACAGUAAGCUAUGAGCCUUUAUAGAAAUGAAACUAAAAGGGAAGUCUUAUAUACCUUUAACGAUACAAUGGAUUGUAUAUUUAUUAAAUAUUAUGGUUAUGCACAAACCUGCAAAUCGGAUUGCUUAGUUUUUACUCUUAAUAAAAAAUAAAUAUCCUA